CUGCAGUCGUGGAGCUCAAGACCCCCACCACCAAGAAAGACGGUUACACCUUACAUCCUUAACCUCGUCAAACGGAUUGAAGCAAAACAUUCAUCACUCAUUCUGCAGUCGAUGACAGAGCCACUCAACGGCUCACUCAAAACUCCUGAAGAUGAUGGACAAACUGGACAUGAGAGUGUCUUCUGAAACUUGUGUCGUAACAGACUGUAGCUACUCCAGAACAUUUACAUGUAGCUUUUGCAUUAUACUUACCAAGUAACAUGCAGAGUACUGAGAUGUGUAUAUAAGGGAAAGUGUAUUAUGACGAUUUU